CCGCGCCUUUGCUCCGGCCCGGCGUCCGCGGCCUCUGCGCUCUUCGCUCUGAGAGACUUAACCCCGUCCAGCGGCUGCUGCCUUGUUAGGAAAGAACUCACAGCCAGCUCGGACAGCGAAGUGCCACUAGCUGCCCCCACGUGGACGCCUCCGAGAGGAAAGGGAAUUGGAAGCAGACUUGGUCCAAGUGAUUUUGAGGCCUCACCCUCGGCUGGACUCUAAGGCCUGGGGUCAUGACUCUCAUGCUGGGCAGGUGGAAGGUUUUACCUGUCCUGGGCUGGACGUGAGUCUCUGCCCUUCGCCAGCACCUCCACCGGCCCACCUCCACACACUCAAUACCCAGCAUCUAGGCUUGGCCCGGACACUUGUCAGCAACAUGGAUAAGUAUGACGACCUGGGCCUGGAGGCCAGUAAAUUCAUUGAGGACCUGAACAUGUAUGAGGCCUCCAAAGAUGGACUCUUCCGAGUGGACAAGGGUGCAAGCAACAACCCGGAGUUUGAGGAAACACGCAGGGUGUUUGCCACCAAGAUGGCCAAAAUCCACCUGCACCAGCCGCACCAGCUCCUACAGGAGGAGACCCUGCCCAGGGGGAGCCGAGGUCCCGUGAAUGGUGGGGGCCGCCUGGGCCCACAGGCCCACCGGGAAGCUGAUGGGGGCAGCAAGGUGACGGGGGAUGGUGCUGCGAAGCCUCCUCUCGCUGUCUCGACAGUGGCCCCUGGGACAGCCACAACCAUCGCGGCUGGGCAGCCCUUGUCCCCACCCCAGGAACAGAGGGCCAAGCUGUGUGUCCGUGGCGCGAGGCAAGGCAGCCAGGACUGUGGCUCCAAGGAGAGCAUGGCGAGUUCUGAGAUGUCUGCUUUCCAUCGGCCGGGCCCCUGUGAGGAUCCUUCCUGCCUCACCCACGGAGACUAUUAUGACAACCUCUUUUUGGCAAGCCCCAACUGGGGCGAUGAACCAGCAGUGUCCCCCAGCAUCAGGCUGGGUGUAGGAAGUGGGUGGUCUGGCAUGCCAGGGAGUGGCCCGCCACUGUCUACACCCUCCAGGGUCCAUCACCUAUACCAGCAGCAGCUUUCCCUGAGCUCCAGCAGGUCAUUGCAGAACAGCCAGGAUGGUGAUGUUGGUGGCCACAGCAGUGAGAAGCCAGCAGCUCUUUGGACCACCGCCUCCUCCCAGCGAGUGAGCCCUGGCCUCCCUUCCCCAGGCCCAGAGAACGGGGCCCUACCGAGACCUGCUCAGCCCAGGACCCCUUCUUUCUCAGCGCCCCUGGCCCUGAACCGCUCCAGUCAGGGGCCUCUUCCAAGAACAAACUUGGGGGUAGGGAGUGAGGUUUCAGGCAUGAUGCCCAAACCCACUGUGGACCCUCAACCCUGGUUCCAGGAUGGCCCCAAAUCUUACCUUUCUAGCUCUGCCCCUUCAUCCUCGCCAGCCAGCAUGGACAAUAUGCAGCUGGGUGCAGUGCCUGGGCCAGGUCCCAAGCCUGGCUGUACAGACCCUGGCGUUGGUCCCAAGCUCAGCCUUGUCCAUCCAGUGAUGUCCACCCUGCCUGAGUUAUCUUGUAAAGAAAGUCCCUCUGGCUGGUCCUCUGAUGGCAGCCUGGGGCCUGUGCUCCCAGAGAGCCCCGGUUCCCCCAGGGUGAGACUGCCCUGCCAGACCCUCAUCCCGGGCCCUGAGCUUGGACCCACGGCUGCCGAAUUGAAAUUAGAAGCCCUCACCCAACGUCUGGAGCGUGAGAUGGAUGCUCACCCGAAGGCCGAUUACUUUGGAGCCUGUGUGAAAUGCAGCAAGGGGGUGUUCGGGGCCGGCCAGGCCUGCCAGGCCAUGGGAAACCUCUACCACGACGCGUGCUUCACCUGUGCGGCCUGCAGCCGGAAGCUGAGAGGAAAAGCCUUUUAUUUUGUCAACGGCAAAGUGUUUUGUGAGGAAGACUUCCUGUACUCUGGUUUCCAGCAGUCUGCUGACAGGUGUUUUCUUUGUGGACAUCUGAUCAUGGACAUGAUCCUUCAGGCCCUGGGGAAGUCCUACCACCCCGGCUGCUUCCGCUGUGUCAUCUGUAAUGAGUGUUUGGACGGGGUACCCUUCACUGUGGACUCAGAGAACAAAAUCUACUGUGUCCGGGAUUACCACAAGGUGUUGGCCCCCAAGUGUGCAGCCUGUGGCCUUCCCAUCCUUCCACCUGAGGGCUCAGAUGAAACCAUCCGAGUCGUGUCCAUGGACAGAGACUACCACGUGGAGUGUUACCACUGCGAGGACUGCGGUCUGGAGCUCAAUGAUGAAGAUGGUCACCGCUGCUACCCCCUGGAGGACCACCUGUUCUGUCACUCCUGCCACAUCAAGAGGCUGGAGAAGGGUCACUCAUCCACAGCCCUUCACCAGCACCACUUCUAGCCAGAGCCUCCUGCAGACCUCACGGUGGGGAGGAGGAGCCAGGGUUGCACGACGAGAAGUCCGGGGGUUAAUUCCUCUCACCCCUGGGGAGGGAUUGGGGUUGAGGGAGUGGAGGGGAGGCAGGUGCCUUUCCUUUAAACAAGGAGGGGAUCCCUGCUGGUCUGGGAUUAUGUAUUUUCCAAAUGCCUUUCACUGCUGCCACACCCUCAUCAGAUUACUCAGGAAGAAGCCCCAGCAAGCGCUUGGCAUGUGACAGGAGAUCUCAUUAGUGUGACUGAAUGAACCUUCCUGUCCCCUCUGGGAAGAGUUCACACUUCAGUGGGAAAGGUUUGCACUGAAGAGAGAUUUCAGCUGCCGAUAUGUUCAACCCUUUCCCUCCCCUUCGGAAAAUACCUGCACCCAAACACCCCCUCCCAACCCCUCCCCCCCCCCCCCACCAUAAUUUAAGAUUUCCUUCCACUCCAGAGCUUCAGUUCUUCUGUAGAAUGGCCGCAAAUUUUAAUUGCAUCAUUGCAAGAGGGAUGCUCUGACGUGUGCUUUGUAUCUUAGGAAGAAUUCACUUGGUAAAGCAGAGCCAAGGUUUGAAAUAAGUGAGAUGGGGUUUUCUCCUUGUAGCCUGAUAGCAUUCUGUGUGCCCCUGGAAAUCUUCACUCCUUUAAAGGCAGCUGGCAGCCUGAUGGAGGAUUGAUUGAUCCUGUUCUAGGAAAGCGUGCUUUGGGAUGAGAACUUGGUGCAGGCGCCAGGCCUCUAUUUGCCCGCCUGUUGUGCUUUUUUUCCUCUGGAGCUCUCAAGAAUCUGGGACUUCAGAGUUCCCCCUGCAAAGGCUGGUCUCGGGAUCUUUUGUGGGGAUCCUCUUAUGCCUAUUUUCGCUUCUUUAACAAUGGACUUUGGGGACGUGUGCCCACAUACUGAGACCUGACCCCUUAUUAAUGAGGAGAGUUUUUGUGUGUAAGAUCUCAAAGCCAGCCUGGGAGAGACUGCCUGAGCAUAAGUUAUGAUAUUCAUUUCACAGGUUUCUCUCUUGCCAAUUCAGGCAUUAUGCUUGAAGAAACCAGUAUAAGGUACACUGCUUUUGUCUGUCUUUUUUUUUCUUUUUCUUUCUGUAAAAAUUGUUUCCCUCUACUUUCAGUCUCCCACACACAAAAAAUACCUCACAGAUAAGAGCUUCAGAUUAAGGAGAAAUUUGGCCAUCACACUGGACUCAGCCAGUGUGUGUUAGGAACCUCUGGCUUCACCCAGGUCAGACCAGUAGGUCAGGGCACUGUAAUCUUAACUAAAGUUCAGCUGGGAAGAGAUCUGAUCAAUACUGGGUGCUCCUGCCUUAUGCAUUUCAUCAUGCUGGCUCCCUGGGAUGGCAAGGGCUAAGGGAGGGCCACCUACUGGCAGGAUUUCAAGGCCAUCUCUGCACUGAAGAGGCAAAAUGUGCCCUGUGUGUCACACUCCUGAGGCCAGAGGUCAAUACCCCUGGGUAUUUCAAUAAGAAGAAAGUGUGAGAAAAAGGUUGGCUGGCAUUUGGCUUCUCAGCCCACGGGGAGGGACCCCGGGCCUUGUCACAGGAGGGCAGGGGCCAUCUCAUCACUCCCAGCCAGGCUGGGAGCAUGGCAGCUAGCAUCUGCUCUCUGCCGCCUCACCUCACACCCAGAGGGAGGGGAUUGGGUGGCUGGGGCCUUGGAGGGCGUCAGUGGAACCCAAAGGCACAGGGACUCACAGACUAUUCACUGGGCCCAGUUCUACUUCUGAACCAUGCUUUGACUCAGUUGGUAGCAGUUGCCUGUAAGAAGCACAGACAUGGCACCAUGGAUUGUCUUUUCCAUUUUUGUUAAAUUCAUUCUGCUGGAAUCCUUUGGCCAGAUGUCACUUCAGCCCAAGCUGUCUGAUUCUAUUGGUUCCUUUUCGUAGGCUGAGCCUCCUAAAAACCCAUGAAUGUUUUUAGGAGGGCUAAAAAUCCAGGGGGCUGGGGAGGUGAACCCUGGGGUCCCCCCCUCCCUUCCCAGCACACCAUCCAGCUCAGCCUUGGCAAGGCUGGUGGGCACAUGGAGCCAGCCAGUAUGUCUCAACCUGUCUCUGCCAACCUAGGAUUAUUUCUGGCCUUGAUGACACACCUUUGCUCCACUAUCAAGUCAAGCAGAGGAAAGAAAAUUGCCUUGGAGCCACAUCAGAAGUAGCAGGGAUUUGUUUGCAAAUUGGGUAACAGUUAACCCUUGAACAGCAUGGGUUUGAACUGCAUGGGUCCAUUUAUAUGUGGAUAUUUUUCAGUAGUAAAUACUGCAGUCAGUACUACACGAGAUCUGUGGUUGGUUGAAUCCAUGCUGCAGAGGGACCAUGGUUACGGACGGCCGACUCUAAGUUAUAUGAGGAUUAACCCUUAAGUUGUUCAAGGCAUAACUGUAGUUUAAAAAUCUGAUUCAUUUUUUAAAUGAAAUUUUUAAAGUGGCCUUGAUUGAGGCAAUUUUGAUAUCUCAGCAAAUAUUUUAUACUGCUGAAGAAGAACAAUAAGAGAAUUUCUAGACACCCUAGAAAUCUGAGCAGCAACUUCUCUUACUGUCAGUGUCCCUGGGGAGGGUACUGGGUAGGAAUCUCCUACCAGUUUUGUCUCCUCCUCAGGCCCUUGCAAAAAAGCCAUGAAUUAGAUGCCCACUUACCUGGUAUUUUAAACUUUCUAUAAAUUGUUAGCCAAAUAGAGCUAUAAUGGGGUUGUAUUUAUAGGCAUGUAGAAAGAACACGCAAGCACUUCAUAGACCAGGAUGAAUAAGUUUGUUUUAAAAGGUAGAGCAGAUAGCCUUAUCUUGAGUUCCCUAGAUGACUCUUGGACUUUAGAUAAACAAGAAUUAUGGCCUGAUUCCAGAUGCCAAAGCCAGCCUCCAGCCUUCUCCCUUGCCUCACUUUGCCCUCUAGAUUUU